GGGCCUAGCUAAAUAAACAGUGCUUUAUCACAUAGCACUGGAAACCGACCAGAGCUGUGUGUAGAUGCACGAACGCAAUAACCAAGCGCACUGCAAAAGAUUGCUUGGUGGAGCUGUAGGAGUGGGGACCUCUGGCUGUCAGACUGAGGGCAGGCGUGGCAGUGGGAUGGUCCAGGCGCGCAGAGCGAUGAAAAACAUCAGGGACCAUCAGCUGAGGCCCUGAAAUAGUCCGACAAAGGAGCUCUGUUCCCAAUCCUGCAAACACUGGUAAUUAACCACAUCUCCUGAUUCUGAGGACGGCUGUGGGCUGUGGGUGUGCCGCACCCGCACCGAAGACACGGUCCUGGGGAUGCACUGAGCUCUGCACUUCCACCCGCCAGUCCCCUGAGGAAUACAGCAUCCUUAAUGUGAGGUUCUCCCCACCCACCCUUGGUUGUAAGGCACCCACUGGAAAACGGUAGAAGAUGAGCAAGUCUCCCACCCCUAAGGGCACCCCGGUGCAACGAAGCCCCAGUGAUGGGGCCCCUGAAGGCCUCCAUUCUCCUCAGCAUUCCACACCUGGUUCUGGACCCCAGCAUAAAAAACGCAUUUCCAGCCUCCUCCAGAGUCCGUCAUUCAGAGAGGAGCUGGAUAUGCUGAUCCAGGAGCAGAUGAAGAAGGGUGGCAGCUCAUCUAACCUAUGGGCACUGAGACAGCUUGCUGAUUUUAUGGCCUCCCAUGGCUCUCCAGCAGCUCUGCCAGUGUCCCCUUCCAACAUGAUGAUGGUGACGCCCAUCAAUGACCUGCAUGGCUGGGAGCCAGGCAGCAUGGUGAAGGGGGAGAGGCUGAUGCGCUGCAAGCUGGCCGCCACCCAUCGUCUGUUCGACCUCUUCGGCUGGGCCCAGAUCAGCCACACCUGUCUCACUCUACGUGUCAGUAAAGAGCAGGAACACUUCCUGGUGCUACCAGACGGCCUGGCCUACAGCGAGGUGACUGGAUCCAGUCUGGUGAAGGUGAAUAUCCUGGGUGAGGUGGUGGAGAAGGGUAGCACCAACCUGGGCGUGGACUCUGAGAAGUUCAGCCUGCACUCGGCCAUCUACUCGGCCCGGCCAGAUGUUCGCUGUCUGUUUCACCUCCACACACCGGCCGCUGCUGCGGUUUCAGCAAUGAAGUGUGGCCUUCUGCCAUUGUCCCAUGAAGCUCUGCUAGUUGGUGAUGUGGCCUACUAUGACUACAAUGGAGUCAUGGAAGAGGAAGAGGACAGAGUGGAGCUGCAGAAGAGCUUGGGACCCACCUGCAAGGUUCUGGUGCUGAGGAAUCAUGGCAUUGUGGCUUUGGGGGAGUCUGUGGAGGAGGCCUUCUACACCAUCUAUCACAUCCAGGCUGCCUGCCAGAUCCAGGUGACAGCUUUGUGCUGCGCCGGUGGACAACAGAACCUGAUUUUGUUGGACCGGACCACACAUAAACCCAACCCAGCCGGCACUGUGGGCUGGGCUGGCUCCACCUUUGGGCCCCUGCACAAGAGCCGCAUUGGGGAGCAUGAGUUUGAAGCGCUCAUGAGAACUCUGGAUAACUUGGGCUACCGGACCGGCUAUGCCUACCGUUUCCCCUUGUUGUUGGAGCGAUCGCGGACACGGAGGGAGGUGGAGGUGCCCGCGACUGUCACAGCCUUCCACCAUUUUGAUGACGAUGGAGUCUACCCGGCUCUGAGGCAGCACCCUUUUGCUCAACGCCAGCAGCAGGAGAGGACCCGAUGGCUCAACACCCCCAACACCUAUCAAAAAGUCAGCCAGGAGCAAGCCAGCCCUGGACACCAGCGCACCGCUUGGUUGAAGACAGAAGAGGUGACUCAAGCUGGCAGCACAUCCAUCAAGAUGGAGAGCUCAAACCAGUUUGUGCCUCUUUACACCAACCCUCAAGAGGUGAUUGAGACACGAAACAAGAUCCGACAGCAGAAUCGUCAGGACAUGAAGACAGCAGGACCACAGUCUCAAGUCCUCGCCAGUGUCAUAACAGAGGACAGUCCUCCGUCUCCAGUAAGUCCACCCAAAGUUCCACCAGAGCCAGAACCCCCCAACCCCUUCAACCAGCUGACCGACCAAGAGCUGGAGGAGUACCGCAAGGAGGUGCAGAGGAAACAGCAUGGAGGAACCAAUGGGGAGGAGGUGGCAAGUGACAAGGAGUCUCCUCCUGGUACCUCCCCCACAAAGGGCCCUCCACCCAGCCACCCUCCUCUCUCAGAAGAGGCAAAGACCGACUCUCCAGCCAUACAGAACGGAGGUGAGGAGGAGAAGCAGAUGACGGAGGAACUGGAGAAAGGCAUGAAGGCUCUUUCAACCAAUGACACUUCCUCCACCCCUACUGCUCCGCCUGCCAAACCACAAGGCGGCACCCCUGAGGGUUCGCCCUCCAAGUCCCCGUCCAAGAAAAAGAAGAAGUUCAAGCCACCGUCAUUCCUGAAAAAGAGCAAGAAGCAAAAGGAGAAAGCAGAGACCUGAGGCAUUCAGAUACAGCAGACCUUGGUGAAAUGCUACUGUGAAAUAUUUUUUGGUGUAUGACGGAGUAGCAGAUGGAGUUGACCACACCAGAUCUAUUCAAACUGUCAGUUAAGAUGUCGUUCACAGAUACAUUGUACUUAAUUAACUUUCAGAUAAUUUACUGUAACACUGCUAUUCACUGAUUUGAUCUAUGUGGUGAUCCAUCUUAAGCAGGUUAAAAAAAACAAUUAUUUUCACAUACUAUUUGACCCAGGUCAGACAAAGCCCAACAUUUUGACACACUACUUCUUGUCCCACACACACACACACACACACACACACACACACACACACUCCCUAUAUUACACCCAUUUUAUUUUCACCUGCCCUGCUUUCAAACCAUUACUUGACUUCACUGUAAAGACAUUCAGCAAGUUCUUUUUUUCCAACUGGGGUUACAACUGUGAUCCUGUGCACUUGCCCCUCAGAAUUUUUUUUUUAUCCCCAACUUUGCAAGACAAAUUAAGUCCCUAUAAAUGAUGCAUCCUUUUAUCCAUGUAUACACACUUGACAUAUGUAUAUUGACAUUCUAGUAUGUUGCAUUUGUUCAUUAUAGGCAUCUUUUAGUCAUGAUUUGGGGAACAGUACAUGUAGAAGUACACUGAUAGCUACUGAUUGUGCUCUUCUGAAUGCUGGUUUUGUCAAACUAUUUGCCCGUUGACUUUUUACAGCAGGGAUGAAAAAAUAAAAAGCAAGGCAAAAAUAUUAUGGCUCGCAAUGAAAACACAAGCUGCUGUAAAUGCCACUAUUAACAAAAAAAGGAUUAAGCAUAAAGAAUUUAUUGCUUGUCAAUGCAGUUUGAAACCCAGUAACAGAAGAUAUAGAAGGUACUAAACAUUCCACUUUU